AUGAGUUACCCAGCGGAGAUUUACACUCAACUCGCCGAUGUCAUGGAGAGGAUGGUUCGCGCUGCCGUGUCUGAGCUGACGAAGCUUGUGGAGCAGGACACGGACUUCAGCGCUACUUUGGGGGAGCAGAGCGUGGAAAACCAUGGAAAGAACCGUCCACUGCCCAGAGAGAAAGCAGAGACCCGAGAGAAGAUGGUCCGCUUCGCCUUCAUCAUGGAGACACUGGGAAAUGAAGCCCUAGGGAAAGUCAUAAACAUUGUGGAUGACGCCAUGACACGUCAGUGGGCCGAGAGCAGUGCUUUCACUGAGUUGCAAACACCCAGAAUCCUCAGCGUCCUCAGCAUCGGGCGCAUAGAGUCAGAACACUCGUACGGAACACCAACGCAGCAUCACCAUGCUCAGUCACCUGCUCCGAGUGAUGUGGACUUGCCUGUCAUUCCUGCCAUCACCAUUGGAGGUCUUCCUGGAAACAUGGAUCUGGGCACCAUAGCUGAACGUGCAGGAGUGGUUGCUGCACAGCCUGUGACCUCUGACCUUGAGUCUGGAAUUGAGCAACAGCAGCGAGACAAAACAAGCCAAGGUUUCCAGUGUUCUGUCUGCCACCAGUCAUUCAAAUCUCAGAGUGACUUGCAAGCACAUUCAGACUUACACACUGGUGAGAAGCUGUUCACCUGCAAACAGUGUCGGCAAAGUUUUUCCAGUCACCAGAGUUUGCAGACUCAUCUACACACGCACAGUGGUGAGCGGCCGUACCACUGUCUGCAAUGUGGAAAGAGCUUCUCCAAAAAGUCUCAGCUGAGGACUCACGCAGCUGUCCACUCGGACCAGAAGCCAUUUAGCUGUGAUGUCUGUGACCGCCGCUUCAACCUGGUCCACAACCUGCAGCGCCAUAAGCAAACGCACAACAAUGGCCAAGCUUUUACCUGUGGUGAAUGUGGAAAGAGUUUCACCCGGGCGGUCACGCUGCGCGCACACCGCCUGAUCCACAGUGGCGAGAAGCCAUUUCAGUGCGAACAGUGUCCGAAAGCAUUCCGACAUGCCGUCAACCUGAACAACCACAGGAGGAUCCACAGCGGUGAAAUGCCGUAUGACUGUGACAUUUGUGGAAAAAGCUUUCGUCACUCGGUCAACCUGAAGAUCCACCGCCGUGUGCACACUGGCGAGCGACCUUUCACCUGCCAACAGUGUGGGAAGGCAUUCAGUCAGCAGAGCAGUUUGAUGACACAUCAGCGCACGCAUUCGCUCGAGCGUCCAUUUGCCUGUCCCACUUGUGACAAACGCUUCAACAAUAACAACAGCCUGAAGCUUCAUUUGCGCGUGCACACCGGCGAGAAGCCGUAUGCUUGCCUGAACUGCGGACGCACCUUUAGUCAAGGCAGCCACCUACGCACACAUCAGCGGCACGUGCAUGCCGGAGGGAAGCAAUUCAUCUGUGAUAAGUGUGGGAAGAGAUACUCUGACCAGCGCAACCUUAAGCUUCACAAGUGCAACUAUGCAUGAAAUAUGAACGCUCACUGUGUUUCCGACAUUAUGUUGGUGAUUGUGCUUGACAAAAAAAGUGCCCACAUUUCUCAUCUGUUGUCCAUUAGCUGUCUGCGACUGCCUUACUUCAGACAAUGUUUCAACAAUAUUAUAUUUAAAGGUUGACAAACUUAAUGAUGUGUGUCCAGUUUGUUAAUUGCCAGUGAGACAGGUACUGCAAACAAGUGCUUUAUAUACUUUUUAAUCUCCUUUAUUACUGUUUUAUUUUAAGAUAAAUACAAUUUACAAGAGUUGCAUCAACCCGGGGAAGAGUCUG